AUUUCUGUUCACACCCAGAGUGGAAAUCACGUGCCUUUGGAAAAUCACCAUCUGCUGAGAGAAGUCGGCGGAUGUCGGCAGAACCUGGAUGGGCAGCAAGACCUUGCUGUCGCUGCGGCUGAAGAGGAGCAGACAUCAAGGCCAGCCCUGCAUCUGCUCGCUGAACAUCAACUUCGCUCCUCUUUUGUUUCAGCUGUAGUUGGGUGAGAUCAAUUACGGCAGGUGACAAGCACAAGGAGACAGAAACACAGAGGCUGAGAGAAAAGAGGAUAAGAUCCCUUGGCAGUGACAGCAUUUCCAGCCCUGCUCUCCACAGAGGGGAGGAGCAUUCCCAGCGAUGGAGUUGAGUGGCACAGCCCUGAGCUGCACGCCUGCUGCCUUCGUGCUUCUGCAUCUGGGCCUGAUCUCCAGUAUGGCUCACCAAAAUGAAUUCCAGACUGGGCUUGCAGGAGGGGAGGUGACCCUGAACUGCACAGGCAUACUUCCUGAUUCACAGUUAUCUCGGGACACCGUUGUGAGCUGGAAGUACUCUGAUACUCUUCUAUGGCGUAUGGAAAAUAAUAAUAGAUAUUGGAAAAAACAAACUUUCAUUACUGACCGCUCUGACAUCAAGAUGCAAUAUAAACAACUGUGGGUGCGGAAUUUGAAGCUCUCCGACGCCGGCAUCUACACCUGUGAAUAUGGCACUCGCAAAGUCCGCACCUCACUGCAUAUCUUAAAUUUGACAAUCUCUUUGCGUGGGCAUUUUCUGCAAAAUGAAGUCCCUGAACUGAUUUUAAUUCAAAAUUCAUCCACUCCUCCACCCCAUCUCAGCAUCACAUUGUUUGACAGUAACAAUAACAGAGUAACACCAGAAAUACAAAACAAGAGCCCUCAAGAAUACAUCAUGAAUUUAAAGAAGCUGGAGACUAUGGACAGCGGGACCUGGGUGUGUCAGAUCCAUUCAGACUCUCCAUUGAUUAAUCAGAACAUCUCCUUUGAUGUGAAGGUAUUAGGUUUUCAGAAUCCAGAUUUAGAAAGAAAGUAUGCAACUGUUGAUAGCCCUGUCAUCUUGUCAUGGCGUCUAAACUCCCAGAAGAUAAAAUGGAGAGAAGGUUUCACAGGACAGCUGAUUUGGAAACAACAGGAAAGUGCAAAAUCUCAUGAGCUGCUUGAUUUCAAUGUCACAGCACAAGGACAGCUCCAUGAGAUUAAAAAAAGCAACAACUUGCUGUUUGAGAUACCUGAAAGAAAACCUGAAAGUACCAUAGAAGUGAAGCUCCCCAAAGUCCAUCUCAACCAUUCUGGCCAGUACCAGUGCCAGCUGGAGUACGAAAGAAGACAGGCACAGAGCAAGAUAGAGCUGGUGGUGAUGAAAGUCUCAGCUCACCCUGCUGGGCCACUCUCCAGAGGGGCCAAUGUGACCCUGACCUGCCAGGUCUCUGGACCGCUCGCACCCGAUGCCUACUUGCUCUGGGAACGUGUGAAUGGCACUAAGAUGGACAUUAAGAACUCAAAGCAGCGUGAAGUAAAGUUGGAGGUGAACAUCAGCACUGCAGGGCUGUGGAGCUGUCACCUCAUAGAAGGCAGUGACAAAAAGAUCAGCUUUCAUUACCACGUGGAGGAAGCUUCUGUUUGGAUUAACUCUGUGAUAAUUGGAGCAAGCAUUGGAGGCAGUUUAUUGGCGUUUGCCCUUGGCUGCCUGUGCAUCACCAGUGGUAUAAGCUGGCAGCGGAGAAGGCAACGAGCAAAAAGGAUGGCACAAGCAAGACAACACUUGCUGGAAAACAAGACAUGUCAGUGUCAACACCGGCUGAAAAAGUAAUACUGCAGCACUGACAUCACGAGGACUGAUGAAGUCUCUGCCUGUACCUAACCACCUGGCAGCCCACAGUGCUCUGUGAAUCCAUCUCCCAUUCUCCUGUUUUAAUGAAAUUCUUUAUUCCUUCAUCAUUCCCCCAGUCUAAUGCCAUGGAGGGAGGUUGUCUGGCUAGGAGCCAGUGGACCAGACAAGAAACCCCGAGGGGCUAUGAUUGAUCCUCAAUUCUAUAAUGAGAGAUGCUGAACAGAAGAUAUGUGUAUAUACACACACACACACACACAUACAUAUAUAAUAUGCUUGUAUUUUGUUCAUGUACUUAAUUUGACCUCCUUGUGGAACCAAUUUUAUGCGCUUCUUUUAUCUGCCUGAGCGACAAUAAAUUACUUUGGGGUUGGGAGUUA